CAUAACUCAAACGUUUUGAACGUUGACACGAAAAACCUMUUCCGACAGCUAUGGUUUUAGACUAUUUCGUACGGAACUACACAUCAAAGAUGGAGAAAGUCUAGUGAAUAAUUCUAAGGUGGAAAUCAUGUACUUUGUCUUCGUAUUUAUGGCGAUCGGAUUAAUAUGGCGAACACAUGGCAUUAACAUCAAAAUAGGAGGAAUCUUUGGAAUCAACGAAAACCUGAAUUCAUCCGAUAAUGCUGACUUCAUGGCAUUUAGCCUUAGUAUUGACAUGAUCAAUGCCGAAGAAAGACGAAGUGGUCAAUUUGGUUUUACAAUCGUCAAAGAAACUGAGUUUGUUGAUGUGGAGGAUGACUUGGGAAAUAUGGUGAAAGCUAUGCAGCUCGUCGACCGUGGAUGCGUAGCAAUUGUUGGACCUAYAGAGAUCUCAAAUGUGAAAGCAAUCCAGGAAUUAUGUUCAAAAUUACAAACACCUCAGCUGAUACCUUUUGCCAGUGGACUUACUUUGUAUAACCCUUGUAAUUUUGACUACCUACUGCGCAUGAGCCCUGACGAUGGAYUGCUGCUKCAAGCAGUCGCGGACGUCAUUAGAUAYUUCAAGUGGRYACAAGUCUCAAUUUUGGCUCCAAGAGACAGUGAAGGUAAAAUAAUCAUGGUAAUCUUUAUAGUUGAUGUAGACCGCAUUCCGACAUCGAUAAAAUKGGCGACUUUUUUAAAAGUGCCUAUGAAGCCUGGCACAAUUAUUGCUGAUUCUCUGCAAACUGAUUCUAUAUAA